GUGCAUCGUGCCGCCCGACCCUGAGUAUUCAAUAAUGGCACUAGUCAGAUUGUUCCAAAAUUUUUCUUUAAAUCGUGUUGUUAACGAUGUACGCAUUGUUCAAACUUGUAGUAUAUCCGUAGAAAACCUAGCUAAGGUAAUGAACAAACCUAAACCGGGUACGGGAAAAGCCUACCGUCGCAUUGUUCAUUAUCCGGAACAGUAUACUGUAGUGCCACUACAAGUGACAAACCUUGCUGGGAGAGAUCCGGAUACAGGUCGGUUAAUAGCGAAAGGAAUUGGUGGCGGAAUAAAGCAUAAAUUCCAUUGGAUAAAGUGGGUCCGUGAUGGACCAUCGGAAGGACCCCCUCAAAUAGAAAAAGUAAUUGAUGUAAUUGAUGAUGGCUGCCGCACAUCCAAAGUAGCCUUAGUAGCAGUCGGCAAUGAGCUUAAGUAUAUUUUAGCAACGGAAAAUAUGAAAGCAGGAGACUUGAUAAAGUCCUCUAGAUUUAUUCCAAGAAUCCCAGUUCGGGCAAACGAAGGUGACGCAUACCCUCUGGGUGCUCUUCAGCUGGGCACCCAAAUACACUGCUUAGAAAAGUUCCCGGGACAGCCAUGCCAUCUGAUUCAUGCAGCGGGAACCUACGGAACUAUCCUUAGAAAAUUUGGCGAUUUGGUAGUAGUCCAGCUUCCCUCAAAACAGGAAUUCGCUUUUAAACAAACAUGCAUGGCUACAGUUGGACGGGUUUCCAACAUAUAUCACAAUAAGACACCGAUUGGCUCUGCUCAAAAAAAUCGAGAACUUGGUAACCGACCUCGGUCAGGUCUAUGGCAAAGAAAAGACGGUCGGCAUGGUAGAAAAAUUCGAAAGCUACCUCCUAUGCGAGUUAUUUCACCUCCCUCAAAACCGGAUCUAGAACCUAUAAAGUUUACAGCAAGCGUUUGAUUGUAAUCUUUUGGACAAUUAAUAUAAAUUAGUAAAUGUAUAGAAUGUGUUUUGAAAAUUUAUAUUCUACCGUUAGGUAAUCUAUGGUGCUCGAAAUUUUUAAUCUAAACUCCAAAUGUUUCUGCACCUGUGUUCUUAACCUUGUUUUAUUCCAAAUCCAAGUUAUUUUACGCAGGACAACAACUUACCACAGGGUGUCGCUCCAUAAUUUAGAUUCUAGUUACUUUAGUGGCAACGGUCCGUUACCGAUCCUGCGCGGAACGAAUGUCACUCAGUGCAUUUAAGUUCGAAUU